AUGCAUCCCAAUACCAAGCACCGCAUCCUCAUCGUCUCCCACAACCCAAAACCUAUCGUCAAUAUGGCAGACAAACUUCGCGCCCAACAACAACUCGAGCAGCUGCAAGCCCGCUACGUCGGAACGGGGCACGCAGACACUACGAAAUUCGAAUGGUCAUCCAAUAUUCAGCGUGACAGCUAUGCUAGUUACGUUGGCCACCCGCCGUUGUUGAGUUAUAUGGCGAUUGGUAUGGGGGAGUGUAGGGAGAAGGUUAGAGGGGCUAUGAUUGAGAAAAUGAUUCAACCUGUUGGGAAGCCGCCGGAGGUGCAGGAUUGA